AUGAUUGAUAAUCUAAGUUUUUUGCAAAUCAGAGGUGUUGCAGAUCCUUUGCCCACGAAGAGUUCUGCAUUAAUCUACAAGAGCAAUAAAUCACUUAACCAGCAACUACCAAGUGAAAAAGAAUCAAUAAUUACAAAAUGGUUAUCCUGGAUUAAUAAGGCCCAAUUAGGUGGUUAUUUCCUGGGUAUUUUGGGAUCUAUUAUGUGCAUUACUUCAACAGCCAAUGAACGUUGGAGAAUAUGGCAUGUAGAAAGUGAGGAUGGCCUAUAUCCUGGCGUGGUGUGGGUUGGAAUCUGGAGGGCCUGUUAUCUGCACAGCACUCAUCCAGAAAACAGAUACAUCCACUGUGAGGAAUUCACCGAAAACAUGUUGCUGCUGCCUAAAGAAAUAUUUUUGGCUCAAGAUCUGAUGACCUUGAGUUGCAUUGUAGGAGCUGUGGCCAUAACCAUCAUGAGCUUUGCUUUAGGGAUUAUUGUCAAAGACAUCGGACAAAAAAAAAAUUUGUUCACCUUGUUUAGUGUUGGAGGUCUGCUAAACUUUCUAGCAGGAAUCCUGGUCUUAAUUCCAAUUUUCUGGAAUCUGCAUUCCAUUUUGGAGAACAGAAAUGUUAAGUUUCCAGAGUCCUUCAAAAUGCCUACAAUUCCAAAGUACCAGGAGGUUGGUGCGGCUAUUUAUGUUGGCUAUAGUGCUAUCAUUUUAUUCCUGGCGAGUGGUGCUUUGAUUAUCUGUAACAGAAGUGUUUUGCAAGUACAUGCAACAAAUGAUGUUUCACCCUCAGCAGAUAUACCACUGACACCUCAAUUUAGCUCAAACUUUGGUUCCUCAGUGAUAAUUAAUGUAACAAACAGAGAUGAGCCUUUGUCCAGUGAGGAUGAGUUAUCAUCUUUAUAUUAUGUAGAUAUAAAUAAAGAUACAUCACACUCAAUUCAACCUCAACUGCUUGAUAACACUAAGAACAUCCCUGUUAUAUCAGUUACUUCAUGCCAGUAAGGACAAAUUGCUAAUGUUUGUCUAUUCUAUUGUAUCAUAUUUCCAGUAUUC